UAUUCUAGACACAGCCACGAACAACAGCUAUCAGUUCACCGUUUCAGCCACCAUUUUUUCUUAUGGCGUAAAUAACUUUAAACGAUGUUAUUGUGCAUUAGUUUGGUAUUAGAGCGCUAUUUUCUUUAUGCCUGGUGUUUUUAGGCAAUAAACAGUCUUCUGGGUCCUGUUCUUCGACAGUGGUUUAACAAAGCCCGGAUUAGUUCACAUAUCCCGGAUUGACCUAGCUCGACCUGAAAUGGGGUUUUUCCGGCUCUUCUAACACAUACCUCGGAUUUACAUAUAACAUAUAGCAGCUGACCGUUCAUGCGAGGAUUUAUGAAUCUGUGUACACUAACAUAAUUACAGCAUGGCUAAACAGCGGGCUGCAUAUUUCAGCGCUGCUGAAUUGCAGCUUAUAAUGGAAGGAUAUGAAGAAGUUAAACAUUUAAUAAAAACCAAAGGGAAUACUAUAGCGGCUGCAAAAGUCCGUCAGGAUGCGUGGCGAAAAAUAACAGCCAAAUUAAAUGCAUCCAACCCUAUGGGACCUAGAAGAACGUGGCAACAAGUGAAGACGAAAUACAAAAAUAUCGUUCAAAGUGCUAACAAGAGAAAGGCUGCACUGAAGAAGAUGGGACUAAUCCCAACAAAAGAGGAGUACAUAGAUGAAGAGGAGCUGCCCCCUGAGAACAAUGUGGAGGGUCCUAUCAUAGCGAGCAUAGUUGGUGGCUGCUCCUCUGAUCCAGGAGAAACAGCUGGCUGCAGCAGUUAUGUCAAAGUGACUGAACAUGGACUGGCCCUACUUCAGCCACCUGUAUUAUCAGACGAAGAGCUGGACUCUGAACCUGUGGAAGAUGUAAAGACACUAUACAAGAAGUAUCUCAAAAUAGAGAUCUCAAACAGAAAGCAAGAAAUGGCAUACAGGGCAUUAAAAAUGCGCAAAGUCGAGAAAGAAAUUCAGUUACUGGACAGGAAACUGGAUGUAAGUGUGAUAUUUGAUAAUGGGUUGUCAGAGUAAAGGAUACAUGUAACUUUAAGAUCCACUAAAAUCUGUUUUCAGACAUUUUAGUUUAUGUUGGUGUAGUUUAGUUAGGAAAACAUGAAUACAAUGAAAGAGAAAUAUUGGUUUUCUAUGUUCAUUUCUGAAAUUUUAAAAUGAGUAAAGAGUCAAAAAUACAGUCAAAUGUAAUUAAGAUUCGACCGAGAACUGUCUGACUCUCAAAUCACUAGAUAGAUAGAUAGAUAGAUAGAUAGA